AUGCUGAACUCCGUUCUGUUUUUCUUAUUGAUUACAAAUGUUUUUUGUAAGUAUAAACCUACUUGGGAAUCGAUAGACUCUCGUCCUUUGCCAAGCUGGUAUGACGAUCAUAAGUUUGGCAUAUUCUGCCAUUGGGGAGUGUACUCUGUUCCAGCUCAUAGAUCAGAGUGGCUAUGGUGGUACUGGAGAGGAGAACGAAAUCCGGAAGUCCUGGAUUUCAUUGAAAAGAAUUACCCACCGAACGUUCAGUACUCGGACUUUGCGAAGGAUUUCAAAGCUGAUUUAUUCGAUCCGAAUGAAUUCGCAAAAAUUGUUAAAUCUGCUGGAGCUAAAUAUUUCGUUUUGACAAGUAAACAUCACGAAGGCUUCACAAUGUGGCCCUCCACAUCGAGUUAUAUCUGGAAUGCUGUUGAUUCCGGUCCAAAGCAGAACAUUGUUGAGAAAUUGAGUGAGUCUAUGACUGCCCAAAAUAUAACAUUUGGCCUCUACUACUCUCUAUUUGAAUGGUUCCAUCCUCUCUAUUUAAACGAUGGAAAGAAAAACCUCACUGCGUACAGAGAGAAUGUUGUGUUUCCGCAAAUAUAUGACCUUAUCAAUACUUAUAAACCUAAGAUCUUAUGGAGUGAUGGAGAUUGGGAAAGAUCUGAAGAAUACUGGCAAAGCAAAGAACUACUAGCUUGGCUCUAUAACGAAAGUCCUGUGAAAGAUUCAAUAGUUGUAAACGAUCGUUGGGGUGAAGGUGUUAUGGGUAAACAUGGCGGAUUCCUCACAUUCUCCGAUCAUUAUGAUCCAGGUGUUCUCCAACCAAGAAAAUGGGAAAAUUGUUUUUCAAUGGAUAAAAAAUCCUGGGGAUAUCGAGCGGACAUUGAGGUUGAAGAUGUUCAUACUCCAUACGAAGUUAUUGCUCAAAUAGCUCGAACUGUGUCUUGUGGGGGAAAUGUUCUAGUUAAUGUGGGUCCAGACAGUCAUGGUAGAAUUCCUCUGAUUGUACAAGACCGCUUGCAAGAAGUUGGAGAAUUUUUGGGAGAUGUUGAAGAGGCUUUAUAUGGUAGCAAGCCUUGGAUAUUUCAAAAUGAUACUUCAGAUACUUGGUACACUGCUCGCUACCAAGGGGAAAAUGAAGAACAAGAACUAUAUAGCAAACAAGAUGCAGCAAAAACCAUAAUAUAUGCAUGGGUUCUGAAUACUUCCUUCGACAAGAUCGUUCUUGAACAUAUCAAGCCAACGGCUAAGACAGAAAUUAAAAUUCUAGGAACCAAAACAGUUCUCAAGCCUGGAAAGAGCAGUAACAUCUUAGAAAUUGAUUCUAAACUUAUUCCUUGGAGGUAUUUGCCUAGAGGUGAUAUUAUUGUUCUACGCAUUGAUAAUGCCACUCCGCGACGCCUUCACUCAUCUCAUAUCAGAAGACGUCAAAAACUAGAUUUUGAAAAUAUUGCUGAUAACGACUUCUGGAUUUAG